UGCGUGCGCGGGUUCCGCGUGCUGCGGCCGGCGCGGGGACCGGUUGUGCAGGCACCUGCCUCCCGAGUGGCCCACAGCGACCUCGCCUAACCAUGGGGACCGCCCUCGUGUACCACGAGGACAUGACGGCCACCCGGCUGCUCUGGGACGACCCGCAGUGCCAGAUCGAGUGUCCCGCGCGCCUGCAUGCCGCUCUGAAUGGUCUGCGGCAGUGUGGUCUGGAGCAGAGGUGCUUCCGCCUGCCAGCCCGCAAGGCCUCCGAGGCGGAGCUGGGCCUGGUGCACAGCCCCGAGUACGUGGCCCUGGUGCGGGGAACCCAGGCCCUGGCUGAGGAGGAGCUGCAAGCGCUGUCUGCACAGUUCGACGCUGUCUACUUCCACCCGAGGACCUAUCACUGUGCCCAGCUUGCUGCGGGGUCUGCGCUGCAGCUGGUGGACGCCGUGCUGACCGGAACUGUACGCAACGGACUCGCCCUGGUGAGGCCUCCUGGGCACCACAGCCAGAGGGCAGCUGCCAACGGGUUCUGUGUGUUCAACAAUGUGGCCAUAGCGGCACAACACGCCAAGCAGAAGCAUGGGCUGCAGAGGAUCCUCAUUGUUGACUGGGACAUCCACCACGGACAAGGCAUCCAGUAUAUCUUUGAGGAUGACCCCAGUGUCCUCUACUUCUCCUGGCACCGCUACGAGCACGGACGCUUCUGGCCGUUCCUGCGGGAGUCGGACGCCGACUCGGUCGGGCAGGGGCAGGGCCGAGGCUUCACCGUCAACCUGCCCUGGAACCAGGUGGGGAUGGGAAACCCAGACUACAUGGCCGCCUUCCUGCGCGUGCUCCUCCCGCUGGCCUUUGAGUUUGAUCCUGAGCUGGUGUUGGUCUCAGCAGGAUUCGACUCGGCCAUCGGGGAUCCCGAGGGGCAGAUGCAGGCCACGCCGGAGUGCUUCGCCCACCUCACACGGCUGCUGCAGGUGCUGGCUGGAGGCCGGGUCUGUGCUGUGCUGGAGGGCGGCUACCACCUGGAGUCCCUGGCACAGUCGGUGUGCAUGACGGUGCGGGCCCUGCUGGGUGAUCCCAUCCUGCCCCUGUCGGGGCCCAUGGUGCCAUGUCACAGCGCCCUGGAGUCCAUCCAGAGUGUCCAAAGAGCCCACGCCCCUCACUGGAGGAGCCUGCAGCAGCCAGGUCGGGGCUCCCUCGAUGGCCGGGGCUCGGAGUCGCCUCCAGAUGCAGCUUCCGGCACCUGCUCCCCUCCGCUGCCCGGGGCUGUGGCGUGUGAGACAGCAGCAGCUGCCCUGAGCUCCCUCCUGGACCGGCUGCGUCUCCGCCCCGUGCCUCCUGUCCCAACAGCCGCUGCCCUGACUGCACCAGGAGCUGCCCGGCUCCUGCCCCCUGAUGUCCUCUGCCAGGAGGCGUCGGCACCCAGGGAGGAGACAGAGGCCUGGGCCAGGCCACACGAGGCCCUGGCCCAGGACAAGGCCCUCACUGCUCUUGGGAAGCUCCUGUACCUUUUAGACGGGACCCUGGAUGGGCAGGUGAACAACAGCCUCGUAGUCACCCCGGGCCCUGCUGUGGCGGCCACCCUGGACGUGGCCAUUCGCCGAGGUCUGUCCUGCGGAGCCCAGAGGGUGCUCUGUGUGACCCUCGGACAGCUGGAUCGGCCCCUGGACCUUGCAGACGAUGGGAGGACCCUGUGGCUGAACAGCAAGGGCGAGGAGGCGGCCGCCCCGUCCAUGUUCCACGUCUGCACACCACUGCCGGCGACAACUGGAGGGUUCCUGAACUGCGUCUUGGGCCUGGUGCUGCCCCUGGCCUACGGUUUCCAACCUGACCUGGUGCUGGUGGCUCUGGGGCCUGCCCACGGCCUGCAAGACGCCCGGGCGGCUCUGCUGGCCUCAAUGCUGCAGGGGCCAGCAGGAGGCCGAGUCCUGGUGCUGCUGGAGGAGGAAUCCGCACCCCGGCUUGCAAGGACCCUGGCCCUCGUGCUGCACGGACAGGCGCCUCCCAGCCUGGGCCCGUUCUCCAUGGCCUCUCCGGAGGACAUCCAGGCCCUGACGUACCUAAGGGGGCAGCUGCAGCCGCAGUGGAAGAUGCUGCAGGACCCUUCCCGGGGCCCGCUCUCCGGAGCGCCGUGCAGCCAGCUCUGCGCCUCUUCGCAGCCCGAAGCGGGCCCGUGCGGGGACGGCGCCGCACACCAGCCUCCCGCAGCCGGCCGUUAGGCAUCGGCCGUCCCAGCCCUGCCCCGGGCGUCCUCGCCCCUAGCACUGCCCGCAGUAAACGUCGGCGAAACCGA